AUGACCGAUUUUGCUAAAUACUUGAAAGACCUAUUGACCAAGAAGAAGAAGGUGCAAUAUGAAACUGUGAGUUUGAUUCACACUAUGAGUUCCAAUAUUUCAACAACUACUGUCCAGAAAAAGGGAAAUCCUGGGGCGUUCACCAUUCCUUGUUCUGUUGGGUACCAUGAUUUUACUCGUGCUUUGUGUGAUAAUAGGACGAGUAUAAAUUUGAUGCCACUUUCUAUCUACAAGCAAUCGGGUUUGGGGAUGUCAAGGCCGGCUACUAUGAGAUUACAGAUGGCUGAUAGAUCUAUUAAGAAGCCGGUUGGCAUGGUUGAUGAUGUUCUUGUGUGGGUUGGUAAAUUUAUGUUGCCCGUUCAUUCUGUGAUUCUUGGCUGUGCUGUUGAUCGGGACAUUCUUAUUAUUUUGGGGAGACCCUUCUUUGCUAUAGGAAAAGCUCUGAUGGAUUCAAAAAAGAAUGAAAUAAAAUUCUGA